GCAGCCUAAGCUAAAGGGUUGCUUUCUCCGUCUUUGGGCCUCGUCUGUUGCGUUGCUUUGAUUCCGUUAAUAUAUUUGAAAACCGUAUUAUUUUGAUAUUUUAUUUUUUAUUUAUUUAUUUAUUUUUUUCUUUUUAUCCCUCUUCCUUUCCCCCCCCCCCCCACCCUCUUAUCACCUCUUCCUUCAUCCCCCCUCCAGGAAAAUUAGAAAAAAAAUAAAAAUAAAAGCACUGAGAGCAAUGCUAAAGCUAGACAGCCCUAAGGUGGAUGAUGUUUCAGGUCCCACUAUCAUCAGGUCCAAGCUGUCGAGUCGCAUAGCCGGUGCCAUGAACCUCGGAGCUUCCGUGCGCAUCAACAAACUCGGGGUCAGCAUCAUAGGGGGGGUACUCCUCAUGAUCGUGCUCGUGUACAGAAACAGCGGCAGUUCGGAGGGGACGGCGGAGAUGCCACUCGAGAUGGCCCAGACGGGGGCAAGGGUCAGCCUCAAAAAACUCCUGGCGGCUGCGAUCGACGCGGCCGACAGGGGAGGGAAGAUCGUGUACCAGAUCCGCGAGGAGGCGACCCUACACGAACAGAGCAAGGGCAAGACGAAGGAGGGCGCCAACGACCCCGUGACUGAUGGCGACCUCAAAUCACACAUGGCCAUGUUCUACUCCAUCAAGAACGCAUUUCCGGGAGUGGAGGUCAUAUCAGAAGAACACUCCAGUAGUGAUGUCAACCAACAGGCAGUAGCACCAGCUGCAACGUCGAACGAGGAAGUAAACAGCGUCAUCGCAGACGACCUCACAGUUCCCGUUGAGGACGUACGCGUUUGGAUCGACCCCCUGGACGCUACACAGGAAUACACAGAAAACCUGCGUCAGUAUGUAACGACCAUGGUGUGUGUUGCUGUCAAGGGCUUAGCGACCAUCGGGGUUAUCAACAAGCCUUUCAGCAACUUCAUUGCAUGGGGCUGGGCUGGGCAUGGAAUCUCACCCAAGUUGCACAUCUCUCAGGAUCAGACUGGUCCCAAAGACGACAUCGCUCAUAUCAUCGUCUCUCGCUCGCACACGGGGGAUGUGGAAGUGGUGGCCAAGUCAGCGUUUGGAGAUAAGACCAAUAUUACCCAGGCUGGUGGGGCAGGCUACAAGACCCUGGCUGUAAUCCAGGGAGAUGCCGAUGCUUACGUCCACUCAACGGCAAUCAAGAAGUGGGACCUGUGCGCGGGCAAUGCCAUUCUCAACGCACUUCAGGGCAAAAUGACCACCCUAGACGGCACCUCCAUAGACUACAGCAGCCGCGAGAUGUACAAGAACGAAGGGGGCCUCCUCGCCACGCUCUACAAUCACGACUUGUACUUGGAGAAACUCAAGGUCCUCAAGUCUACUAAAAGUCACUAGGAGGGAGAACGACAGUGGCAGCAACAGCUCAAUCGAUUAUUUUUUUUCUGUUGUUUCGUUUUCCGUUUUUUUUUUUUUUUUUUUUAUACGUGAUUUCUUUUUUUGUAGGCAUGUAGGAAUUGCUUGCGAGGUGUAAUUUUUUUUGGAGAGGAGUAUUUUAAGGUUUGAUUUAGGUCACCUUUGCGUUCAUAUGGUGCAUUCUUAUCGUUGUCCAGAUAGCUUGCAUUUUUUAUUAUUAUUUUAUUAAUUAUUCUUUUUAUUUUUUUUUUUUUUUCUCAUGUCAGGGUGUCAUCAGUCUUUUGUUAAUGUUUUUUUAUUACAAAAGCAAUAGUUAUGCACAAUGUUACUUGUAGCAACUCAAAAUGAAAUAAUAGAUAGGGAGAAGUUUGCAGUUUUCCAUUAAUUUUUUCUUUUUCUCUUUCUCACUCUCUGCUGCUCUUGUUUUAUGAACAGAGAACUGCAUACUUAUAAAACUACGUGCAAUUUUUGCCAGGCAUAAUGUCAAACAAUGGAGGCUGGUAGGCAUUAGUGAAAUACCUCGUCAUUUGUUAUAGAGUUUUAGGUCUUGGUGUUUGUUGAAAUAUUUUGUCGUGAUUUUGCAGAAAUGAUAUUGUGUUUUCUGUUUUGUUGAUUUAAGAAAGUUGAUAUUAGUUUGCUGUUGUUUCUUUUAUUCUGUAUAGUAUAUUAAAGUAUUUAUUUUUUAAUUUAUGUAGUGAAAGUUAAGAAAUGGAAUAGAUUUUUUUUCCUCAGAAUUGUAGAUUACUAGCAGCUGUAACAGUGAAUUCUCCUAAUGUGUUAUUUUAAAAGCAGUUAUAUUAAACUUACUAAGACUAACAAUAAAUCAUAAUAAUAAUGUUCAUCAUCAAUGAUAAUAAUGAUAAUUGAUUAUUAUCAAAAUUAUUGCUAUGUACUUAUUUAUUUAUUUAUUUUCUUCUUAGCAAUGUAUUUGUAUGCAACAGUGUGGUAUUAAUUCUUGAAACAUUUUACUUACAAUGACUUGUUAAGCAUUAGACAUAGCUUUUGUCCAUAUCUGCUUUGUAAGCCCUCAUAUCUUUGGCAGUUUUAACCCCUUUUGAAAUUCCCUCACUAAUUAUCUUCCAUUCUGUGGUAAUUGUUAAUUCAUAUGGUGGAAAACAUAUUCAAACAUGCAUUGCCACACUGCUCAGUUGGUCAGGAUGAAAGUUAGUUCACAGUUUACCUGGUUAAGUUCCAGCUCAAGUUCGCUAACAACUUACGUUUAAUACUUUAGAUGCAUUCAUCAUAACACAAUCAGCUUUUCAAUACUUGCUUUGAAGCAGCCUUGUUACCAGUGACCUGCCAUCCAAGUGUGAACUGCCCUGUACGUUGCUUGUGAAUUUUUCCCAUCCCUUUUUGUCCCUUUUUAUUAUUCUAAGGCAGUCGCCAGUCAGUGAGAUUCUUAAUACGAUCUUCCACCCACCCCCGUCCUUUCCUCCCAUCUCCGUCUCCCUCUGGGGAUGACGGAACCGGUUUUAAAUGUCAUAAUGUUGUCACGUCCCCCUGUCUAUUACAUUCCAAGCAUGUUCCGCAAGCCAUCAUCUUACUAGCUAACCGAAACCCUAAGCUCAUCCAAUCACCUGAAAUUUAUGGAAGGCUUGAUAGAGAAGCACACAGAAAGUUGUUGCUGCUCGCUGAGAUCCUCGGAGGAGAAGCGCAAAGGACGUCACCGUUUCUUCGUUGUCAUAAAUUUCACCGUUCUUGGUAUACUGCAGAUUUUUUUGGGGGGGGAUUUUUUUCUCUUCCCCUUCCAGAUAAUUAAAAAAAAAAAGAAAAAAAAAAGUAUAUUAAGGAGAAAAAAUCAUUGGAAUGAUAUCAGUCAGUAUUUCUUCUCUAUUUUAAAGUUUAGAUUAUUAUUAAUAAAAAAAGAAAAUUAAAAAAAGUAUAUUUUUAUCACUUAUUUAUUAUCGAUCAUUCCAUAUGUUGUGUGAUUAUAUGGAACAUGUUUAUACCGUGUCAUUCUGUCUAUGUAUAUUGAGUGACACUUCAUGGAAAUAUAUUUUGUAAUCUCGUU